AAUCAUUGUGAAAUUUCACCAGACCCAAAUUUUUUGAUCAUUGCAUUCAUUUUGCGGAGAAAAAGAAAGGAAAGAUGCCUCGCUUACGAUGCGUUGUGGACUUAAAACUGAGAUCUGUGAAGGCUCCAGGUGUGUAUUUUCUGAGUCGGGAAGACGUUUGCCUGAGUGUUAGUCUCUUUGGACAAAACAAGAGUACCAGACUCCUGACAUCAACAUUUCCCUUGUAUAUACAACAGGACCUCGUGUUUGAUAAGACUUACUACACCUCUGGUUUGUCUUCAGAAGUCCUUGAUCGCCUCAGAGAUGAGUUGAUUGUUUUUGAGCUGGUACAAUUAUCUCGAUAUGGAGGCUCGGUCAGACUUGCCUCUUACUCGGCCAGUGCUAGGGAAGUCCUUUUUCCAAUCACUUCCGGAUCACUGUAUCACUCCUCCCCAAUCCGAGAAAUACCGCUACGCAGACUUAUCGACUUUCCCGGUGAAAAUCCAAUCUGGUUAGAGUUUUCUACAGUGACAGACAUUACGGAGACUAUUUUACCCGAGGUCGACCGAAUUCUCUACAGACCCACAGUGACAGAAACUGUAUUAUACAAGCCUAUUCUGACAGACACACUACUCUACAAACCAACAGAUAGGUAUGGGUUACGUCCCCUGACAGCGUAUGAGAGGUUGGAUCUAGAGAGAACAGAGCGUGCAUUACAACGCAGCAGAUCUUUGGAAAAAAUAGAACUAGAACAUCUCAGGGCCCUCAGCAAAUCUCGAGAACUUGCCCGACUUGAACAAGAUCUAGAGGUCAAGAGACGGGAAAGACUCGCUAGAGAACAACUCGACGCAUCUCUGCGUUUAUCUCGAGCCCGGUAUCUGGAGGACCUGGAACUCGACAAAAUCAGACUGGCACGUAGAAAUCUUUACCUUUGAUUAACUCAGGCCUUAAAUAAAAUGAUGAAUGUUGACUACACAGACGAUGUCAAUAGAUUUAGACGAGGACUGAGGAUCUAGUGAUGUGAAGUAGGCCUCCAUCUUUGUUAGUCUGUCUGUCUGUGUAUCAUCACUGGUCUAGGACCUGAAGGAUAUUUUAGGAUAGUCACUUCUUGUCCAGUGGAUAAAAUUUGUAGUCUGUAGUCAGUCUUGUUCAACCAAAGUCAAUUGCUGACUUUACUUUUAUUAAUGCUAGUGAUCUUUUGAUAUUAUACCUGGUAAUACACAUGUAUUAAUAUUUAAGAUUUCAUUAAUUUUUUUGAAUUGAUAGAUUAUUGUUAUUCCAUAUUGUCUGUUUUUAUUAUAUUAUCAUUAACACAGCUUGAACUUGAGGACAUUUUUGGCUGGAAUGUUGUUGCAUAAUAUUGAUAAAUGGAGUCCAAUAUCAAUGUGAUCUUUAAUUGUAAGCAGAAAAGAUGUUUAACUGACCAAGCAUUGAUCAGGACAUGAUUGACCAAUCAUUGAUCAGAACAUGAUUCAGACCAAUCAUUGAUCAGAACAUGGUCACAUGGUACAUAUCCUAUACACUUGAACCUUAUGAUGAAGCCAUUACACAGUUUCAUUGUGCAAAUUGACUGAUUAAAGAACAACGAGAUUAAAACUAAAAAUCAAAAUACAGAUAGUGUUUAUUUUUAGAUGUUGUAGUUUUAUCUUCUUUUUAUAAAUAUAUAUACUGUAUGAAAGGUCAUUCAUUAUGAUGAAAAUGUGACAUUUAAUAACCUAAGUUAAAUCAGGAUCUGAGCUUUCACUCCAAAGAUUUCUAAUUAUGAUUAGAAAUAGAUGUCUAAUUAUGUGGGCAUUGAGUUAACACUUCUACCUUCAAUUAUCAUUCAAAGGUUCUUUAUCAGCAAUGAUUAUUUUUUCGUUAGACUGUUAAUAUUUCAAAUAUUUUUUUGUAAUGAUUCAUACAUAUGUACUAAUAAAAAAAUACACUGUUAAUGAUAUAACUCAUUUCUAGCUUGCACUUUUGUUCAGCAGCUGUAAAUUUGGUGCUAACCACAACAGCUGUACAAUAGAGUACAUUUUAUGUAAUUCAGGGUAUAAUAUUGAGUUACUCUACAAGAAGUCUUCAAACUUACUUCUAUAAAUUACCUUGUUAUUGUAAUGUAUUUAUUGCAUCCUAAUUGUUAUCAAUUGUUUACAGUGUUCUUUUUGCUAUUUUUAAUAUUAUACAUCUAUAUAUAUUUAUCUUUUAGAAUCUUUUCAUUAAUUAGCAG